UGCAGUUUACACUGUGGGGCGUACCAUCUGAAAGCGAAACGGGUGGCUAGAUGUUUGCGCCCCACAGGCUUGCCGUCUCACACUCGCUGUUAUUUGAUGACGUUAGAAUAAUAACCCAGCACGCGGUUUUAGCCACAAACCCACCGUCCAGUACUGACCACAGGCGGUAUGCAAAUGAAGAGCCCCGAGAAGAAACGGCGCAAAUCAAACACUCAGGGCCCCGCAUACUCCCAUCUUUCUGAAUUUGCCCCACCUCCCACCCCAAUGGUCGACCACCUGGUGGCGUCCAACCCUUUUGAAGAUGACUUUGGGGCUCCGAAAGUCAACGCGGGCCCCUCCCCCUUCCUGAACAACCCGGUGCCCUUUGGAAAUUACCGCAUGCCGGGUGCCAUGCCCCAUCAGAUGACCCCCGGCUAUCCUGGUGGCCCACAGCCCAUGAGAAGGCAGGCACCCCCUUUUCCUCCCAAUCAGAUGGGCCCUGGUUUUGGAAUGUCCCAAAACCCAAACUACCACCAGCCUGGAAACAUGAACUUCCCCAAUGCCCCCUUUAAUCAAGCCAUGGGCCAGGGCUUCAGCCCCCCUGCUGGGCAAAUGAUGCAAGGACCAGUAGGAGGAUUUGGGCCAAUGAUGUCACCAAACAUGGGUCAGCCCCCUAGAGGAGAGAUGGGCCCUGGUCCUGUAUUGAACUCUCCUGGUGGCCCUCCAUUUACUCAAAGGUUUGGCCCAUCAGGGCACCCGUUUGGACAGCCCCCAGUGCCACGAGCCAGCCUCCCACCAAACACCAGUCCGUUUGCAGGGGCCGACCAAAGCUUUCCCCCGGGGGUUGAAGAACACGGCAAGAACAUCAACCCUCCCAGCAACACGUUUAAUCAAGACCAGCAUGUUGGGUCGCCUUCUGCCGUCAAUGGGAACCAACCAAACUUCACUCCCAACAACUCCACGCGGGGCAACAGCAGCACCCCCGAAGUCAACAACAUCCCUCCCCCGAGCAAGCCCACUGGCAACUCUGGGCACCAGCCGCCCCCUGGACUUAUUUACCCCUGUGGGGCCUGCGAGCGGGAAGUCAAUGAUGACCAGGACGCCAUCUUGUGUGAGGCAUCGUGCCAGAAGUGGUUCCACAGAGAGUGCACGGGGAUGACUGAGAGUGCCUACAGCUUGCUCACCAGAGAGGUCUCGGCCGUGUGGGCUUGUGACUACUGCCUGAAAACCAAGGAUAUCCAGUCCGUCUACAUCCGGGGGGCCAUGGGCCAGCUUGUGGCUGCCAACGAUGGUUGAAUGUGGCAGAGAGUUGGGUGUCAUGGUUACUCACAGCUUUAAGAAGCCGUCUCUUUGGGGUGCAAAGACUUUCCCAGUAUGAGGGAUCCCUGGCGGAAAAUAUUCCUCACACAUUCUUCUGAUCUGACUCCUCCUCUAACUUGGAUUUUGGGGUGUAAGGCAGCCUGUCGGCCUCCCCUUCAGUCAUAGAGUCGGAUGAUCAUUGGAUAGUUGGGAAACGUUCACACUCCAUUUAUUUUGUACAGAGCAAAGACAAGCCCCUCCCCCUCUAUGUAUUUUUGAUAAUGUAUAAGUCGUGUCUGCAUUUCUAACCCUCCAUUGUGGCCUCACUAAUUGGGAGGAGAAUGAUCCUUGUGCUGACGCAUUUCACUCCAUUGUGACGUUGUUACUUGCCGAUUUAGUCUGCAGUUCUAUCACAGAUUGGUGCAGUUUUAUAAUGGAUUUGUUUCUAACCAUGUUGGGGCAAUUGUGUGGGGCGCUGACUCCUCCCCUGGGGCCCAGUCUCUCUGAUCCCCGUCCCCUCAGUCUGUCCCUCUUAUUGCACUUAUUGGUCUCUUACUCUUCCUGGCAGGAGAAGGUGCACGUGGGUUGUGGCUUCUCUAACUCAAAAGUUAUUUAUUUUCUCAUGUCUCCAUGGAAACAGUAUCAUUAACGUUGAUGAUUUAACUAAUGAGGUUUCUCCCGUGUCUCUGUGUAAGUGAAAGGCUUGAGCAGAGCAUUGUGAGAGCGCGAGAGAGAAAUGUUCUUAUAGGGAAUUUUAUUGUUGCAUUCAAAUCCUUGUGGGUGGAGACAUAGCAGCAGUACGUAACUCCUCCCAUGAGGAGCAAAGUAAUUGGGUGGUAACGGUUACACACCCCUUUGUGGCAAGAGACCUUCAUAGCUGCUCUGUGCAGUCAAUGCAUAUGGUUCCCUGUAUGUGGGGGAGAGGCACUUUGUGGGGUGCUUUGCAAGCAAUAAUCUCCCUGUUUAUUUCCCCUUUAAUGUUUGCAUUCUACCUCAUCCCAACCCAAUGCAAACCAUGGCUGGAUCAUCAUCCGCUUGCCCUGGGAACCCCAAUAGAUGUACUUACCUGAACCCCAUCACUCACAUUACUGUGACACACUAUGCUCCCCACAUUUCUUUUCUUCCUGCCAUUUCCCGUUUUAUCCCGUCUCCUAGCAACAGCUCUUCCCUGUCCUGUAAAUGUACUAACUGGUUCCACAGCAGACUGGUCCAGUAGCCCUGACUUCCCUCUUCUUCCCGGGAGUUGCCCUUUAAUUAAUGGAAUCUUAGUGCAGGGAGUUUACUGGCGGAGCUGCCAUACUGAGUUCUCUGAAAGCUCUGGCACCCCUUUACUGAGGCUGAAUAAAGAGGCACAAAUAGACGUAUUGUGACCUAGCGGUUCAAUCAUUCCUCUAUCAAUCUGUAUAUUUCACUGCUACGACUGUAAGUGUAUUGUGACCCCCGUGCAGCCAUAUUGUCCCCCACAGUGAGAAUUGUGAUGCUUAUUCUUUCCAUCUCCUUAUAAAGAUUUGUGAGAAAAUCCCA